UGGAAUUAGAGGGGCGGUGGUUUAGUGAGGAGGAUGCAGUGGUGACCAUCUGGUGAGCGUGGCUGGGAGCCACCACGCGAGCUGAGCGCUCCUCCGCCACACGCUGGGCCCAGAGCCUGCUGGGGGGCCUCCCGAGGCCACAGCUCAUCCUUCUGGGGCCUGUCUGUCCGUCUGCUGACCAUCUGAGUUACGCCACAGCCACAAGCCACAAGCCUCAAGCCUGCUGCCCUUGCCAGUUGGGCCUCUGGGGAGAGCUUGGCGGGUGCAGGGGCACCCCAAUCUCCAGACACAGCUCUCAUAGCCAGGGAGGUGUUCUGAAAACCGCUCCAGCACCCUGAAACUCUGCAUGGGGCCCCCAGGUGACAUUCUCCAAGCUGCUCUCCCUGUUCCGCGUCCAUCGCUGCCACCCUAGCUAUGGGAGUCCCGUGUGUCUGUACAUCUGUCCCCUGAGCCGAGCCCCUCCUGCUCCUUGGAACCCUGGCCCAGGGACCGCCCGCAGAGAACAGCAGGUGUUGGCCGGUUGGGGUCGCUGUUUUCUGAACCGUCCCCGCUUCUUCCCAGCUGAGCCGAAGCCGCCCGGACCCCCAGAGUCUGCUUCUUGUGGCUUCUGGCAUCCCCGCAACCUGCUCACGUGUACAUGUGGGUGUGGGUGUGGGUGCGUGUGAGCGCAUGCACGCCCUUCUCAAGGUCAAGGAGCAGCAGGGAGGGUGUGGCGGCGCGCAGGCUGCAGCACACCGUAAUGCCCCCAAGAUUCCCUGCUCAGAGGGCGGGUCCGGCAGGGAUUAGGGACACGGCUCUGCCCGCCAGCUCACGGCCCCAUCUGUGCUGCAGCCUGCCGAGUGCGCGUGUGCCAGCCACCCCGGGCAGAGUCCAGGCUCCAGAGAGGAGGGAUGUCAGGACCCAGACCUGUCGUGCUGAGUGGCCCGUCGGGCGCCGGGAAAAGCACCCUGCUGAAGAAGCUGCUGCAGGAGUACGGCGGCAUCUUUGGCUUCAGCGUGUCCCAUACCACAAGGGACCCGCGGCCUGGGGAGGAGAAUGGCAAAGCAAGGCGGCCGUGCAGGCCGUGCAGGCCAUGAACCGCAUCUGCGUGCUGGACGUGGACUUGCAGGGCGUGCGGAACAUCAAGAAGACAGACCUGCGGCCCAUCUACAUCUCCGUGCAGGCACCCUCCCUGGAGGUCCUGGAGCAGCGGCUGCGGGAGCGGAACACGGAGACCGAGGAGAGCCUGGCGGAGCGGCUGGCCGCCGCCAAGGCCGACAUCGAGAGCAGCAAGGAGCCCGGCUUGUUUGACAUCGUCAUAGUCAACGACAACCUGGACAAGGCCUACCUGACUCUGAAAGAGGCCCUCUCCGAGGAAAUCAAGAAAGCCCAAAGGAUUGGUCACUUCUGAGGAGGCGCCGUGGGCCUGCUUCCCAGCCCCACAGAUGGACUCUGGGCCAGGGCCUGGGCCAGGGUCCCGGCUGUGAGACCCCUGACAGGACCAGGGAGAGCCCAGGACUGGCUCAGCCCCCCUGGGAGUGCCCCACUUGCAGCCCUGGCCCGCCGUCCCUGGGGGCGCCUUCCCUCCCAGGCAGAGAUCAGAGAGCCUGUGGGGGGUUCUCUACCCCAGCCUCGGGGUUGGGGGGUGCUGCCUGGUGUCUGCUACACCGCUGCCCACUGCUCCCCAGCCAUGGCUCUCUCAGGCCUCUCCACCCCCAUGCCCACCCCUCCCUUCCGAAGCUGGGUGGAUGUAAUAAAGUCACUCCUGGGUUGGUUUGUCCGUGAGAAA